GCGAUGUCCUGGAUGUAUUUUCCCCGGAGGUUGUAAAGUGGAAGGAGCGCAGCUCGCUGAGACCAUGUGGAGAGCGGCCACGUCCCUCGGAGGGAGCACCGGAGGCAGGAAGCCACACUAGUUCCAAAGCAUUAUUUGCGCUUCCUUGGAGAAAAAGAUCCGUCGAUGAGGCAACAAAGACAGACGAGAUGGUAGAGAAUGGCCGCACCUGACCUUCUUGACCCGAAGUCUGCCGCCCACAACUCCAAACCCCGCUUGUCAUUCUCAGCCAAACCGGUGGUGCUGAACACCCCAGAUGACGACGAGUGCGACACCCGGACCACUGUCAUGAGGUGGAAAACCGUGUCGGCCAUCUUCUUCUUGGUGGUGCUUUACCUCAUCAUUGGAGCGACGGUGUUCAGGGCGCUGGAGCAGCCUCAUGAAAGUUCCCAAAAGCUGGCCAUUCUUGCAGAAAAACUGGAUUUCUUGGCCAUGCACACCUGCGUAAACUCUUCAGAGCUGGAGGAUUUGGUCAAGCAAGUGGUUUCAGCAGUCCGAGCAGGUGUGAACCCUUCAGGAAAUUCAUCCAAUCAGACGAGCCUCUGGGACAUCAGUUCCUCCUUUUUCUUUGCCGGGACUGUUAUCACCACUAUCGGAUUUGGGAACAUCUCUCCUCACACAGAAGGUGGGCGGAUCUUCUGUAUCAUUUACGCUCUGCUGGGGAUUCCCUUAUUUGGAUUCUUAUUGGCGGGCGUCGGGGACCAGUUGGGGACCAUUUUCGGGAAGGGCAUCGCUAGAGUAGAGAAGAUGAUUGUGAAGUGGAAAGUCAGCCAGACGAAGAUCCGCGUCUUCUCCACGCUGCUCUUCAUCCUGUUCGGGUGCCUCAUCUUCGUGGCCCUGCCGGCCGUCAUCUUCAAGCACAUCGAGGGCUGGAGCACGCUCGAGUCCAUCUACUUCGUCGUCAUCACCCUCACCACGAUCGGCUUUGGAGACUUCGUCGCUGGUGGCUCAGAGAGUCCAGAGUAUCUGGACUAUUACAAGCCUGUGGUGUGGUUCUGGAUCCUGGUGGGCCUUGCGUACUUUGCCGCUGUGCUCAGUAUGAUUGGGGACUGGUUCCGGGUCAUCUCUAAGAAAACUAAAGAGGAGGUCGGGGAGUUUCGGGCUCACGCAGCCGAGUGGACGGCGAACGUGUCGGCAGAGUUCAAAGAGACCCGCCGGCGGCUCAGCGUCGACAUCUAUGACAAGUUCCAGCGCGCCGCGUCCAUCAAGCGCAAGCUGUCAUCUGAGCUGGGAAUCAACACGUCCAUCAACCAGGAGAUGACCCCCGGCAAGAGGACGCUGUCGGCCAACCUGUAUGAGGACAGAGAGGCCUACCCCAACGUGACUCUGUCCCUCAGUCCUGUCUCGGGGGCCCUGGCCAGGAACGGCAGCCUCUACCUGAACGGCCUCAGCCCGGACUACGCCGACCGGCGGGAGAUCGCCAUCAUCGAAAAUCUGAAAUGAGGAACUGCGUGAAAACAAGGUUUAGAGUGAAAGACAUCUGGUAGUGGACAGAGCUUACAAACACAUAGACACAUCUGUUCGUAUUGACUGAUCAUCUGCGAUAAGGUACCACUGCGCAUUCAUUGAGUGGAUUGUGCUCCAAUCAUUGAUUGAAAACCUUGAGUGUGACUCAAAGACAGAUCGAUCGUCGGGCUCCGUAGAUUCACGUGUUUCACACUGAACCUUGUGGGGUGUUAGCUCGUGCGUUCAUUCUGCCAAGGAGUCCGACUU